ACAUAUUUUUUGUGUAUAUACGCAGUGGCAGUCGUUUAAUUCACGAUUUAAAAAAGCUGGCUUUUGUACGUCGAGUUUUCUUUGAUAUUGAAUGGCACCUUUAAACUCGAGUUGUUGAGACUUUUUAUCCUUAGACCUUUUAUCCUUAAAAAGGAGACCUUUUAUCCUUAGACAAAUUUGAUCCGUCACAAGCAAUUAUUCUGAAGAAAAGAACAUCCACUCGAAAGGCGCAGGAUAAAAGAAAAAAGGGUCAAUUUGAAUAUAAUGGCAGAAGUGGUAACCCUUAUUCACAGCCCCACCUCCUCAACCAAUGAGAACAGCAACUUCCUGGAGAUCAUCCCGGAGGACGAAAACGAGGAAGAGGGGACCGAAGAGAGUGGGUCAGCUGGAGACUUGAGUUCAGGCCGCCCGAUGUUUCUGAAGGAGAAGGGAGAACAGCCUUCUUACAUUGAGAGCAUUAACCCCAACCUCCCUCAGUCAACAAAACAGAAUCUACUCAAGACGUUCGGACCAUUCUGGGCUACUCAUUUCAUCAACCCAGAUGCCCCUCCCGUCCAUCACAUUCGCAAAGAUGCUGUCAAGUUGGACGAAAUAGAACAAGAUGCGGAUAUAGUGUGGGAUGCUCUCAGAUUGAACUCUCUGCACAAACUUCAAUACCAAGACUUCAUGAUGGGACCCCAGCUUAGAAAAACAUUUGGAGCGUACACUCGUCAAGUACAGCACAAUGAUUUGGUGGCCGCAGUGCCUCGAAAUCUAAAACCACUCCGAAGAUUCUUUUACUGGGACUCAGAAACUGGAAAAGAAGUUCCAUCAGAAGAUAUUUUCCCGGCCGAUCAAUCAUACAAAAUCAGACUGGAAAACAAACAGAAAAAGAUCGGAUUCGCCCACGCAGCCUCUUCGGCUAAUCAGAAUAUGUCUGAACUGCUCAUGUACAACAACCAGCCAAUGAGAUACAGUGUAGAAGUGGAAAUGGGAGGAAAAGAUGUAGCUAGCCGAUUAGUUCGCGAGGCCGAUUUGUUUGAGAAUAAAGAAGAGAGGAGCAAACAUGGGAAUGAGAAAGGGUUCAUGAGUCAUCGGCCGAAGACACACAAUGACUUCACCAAUCUAGUGUUUGCGACUGAGCGCCAGUUGAGCUCUCGGCCCACCUUCGCAGCGAAACACAAGGCAGCCAGCACCAAGAACAAACUAACUCCCCCUCAGCCCCUGGUGUCCAGAGUAGACCACUCAGCCAUUGCCAGUGCGAGACUGUUCUCUGCCAAACACCAACAGGUGGAAGGACUCAUGAAAGAUGAGAGGUUCAAAAAGGAACACUUGAAACCGCUGCGAAAGAGUUCAGCGCCUGCAAAACAGACCUCAAGUUGGAAUCCACUCACUUUAGCCGAAAUAGUCGACACAAUUGAUCUGAGCGCGAGCAAAGGAAUACAGUCAACAUUGAGGAAACCACUUUCUGCUUCAUGAGCAAACGGCUACUUGGACUAUCAACCUGUUAUAUAAUGUCAAAACUCUUGAAUUGUGUUAGUUACUAACAAAUUUCAAAAUUUUACGUUUCAAAAAAAAU